AUGCACGUGUACGUGAAAGGAGCCAACCCCUGGCUGGAUCAGCACGUUGAAUCCUUCAUUCGACAGCAUGUCCCCGAUGCCGUUUUCCACGACGACUUCAAAACUCUGCCGUCAACGCCCGACUGUGUUUUUCAAUUUUGCGAUGGUUGGCAUCUCAAUCGGCACUUUGCUCUCUUGAACAAGGUGCACACUGGCCUAAUCAACGCUUACCCCAACAGCGAUGCUCUGGCCCGGAAAGACCACCUUGCCCAAGUCGUAAAUUAUUGGACAGCCAAAAGACCACAGAGCAUCUUAAAAGAACAUGUGCCGAUCACGAUCCGACUCUCUCUUGACUAUGCAGAGUACGUCGAUGACGCGCUUGCGGCGGCUGAUGACCUCACAUUACUCUAUUCCCUUGAGGACAACGAGAACAUGGACCCCGUUGAUCGCGAGUGGUGGAUCCUCAAGCCGGCAAUGAUCGAUUGUGGUGCUGGAAUUCGGAUCUUCAGUACACUGGAAGAGCUUGCAGCCAACCUUGAACUAGCGGCAGAUGUCGACAAUGAAGAGCCGCGAGAAGAUACCGAUGGGCUGAUGGUACCGCAGCCGGAAGGAAAAGAAACACUCGAAGAUCAUUCUCAUGGUUUUAAUCCGACUUUAUUGACUCCCGGUCUAGCCUCUCUGGAUGGCUUGAUCACUACCAUUGGAGAUCUCAGCCUCAAAGGGACCUCAGGCAAGCUCAAGAUGGACAACAUGGCUCCAGACUAUGCUAUUGAUGAGAACGCACGUCUCCCAUCGGCCCAAAUGCGAGAGUUCGUCGCACAGAAAUACGUCGUCUCAAUCCCACCAAUAGAUGGCAAGAAAUGGCAUGCUCGAGCCUACGUCCUCUCCAUUGGGCGACUCAAAGUCCAUGUCUUUCGAGAGAUGCUCGCCCUUCUAGCUGUUGAAGACUACGAGCCGCCAUGGAAUAACCCUAGUCUCAAGUCGUCCCUCACCAACACCGCACUUCAAGAUGAAGAUGAAUUCACUACCAACGAUUCUAUGAGAGACUUCUGGGAGCUCCCCGAUAAUUUACUCGACGGAGACUGGAAAGUCGGGAUUUUCCAACAGGCAUGUGCCAUCUCUGCAGAGUUAUUCCAAGCAGCAGCACACACAAUGUCUGACAAGUUCACACCUUUGAAUAAGUGUUUUGAGCUUUUUGCAGUGGACUUCCUUGUCGACACGAACGGGACAGCAUGGCUGCUGGAGGUCAAUGAAACGCCUGCUUUGUAUGAGCACGACUUUGCAGGCUCCAUAGCGCUGCGGCUAGUGGAGUCGACUAUUUGUGUAGCUAUGGAGCACAUGGGUUCAACAAGGCUUAGGGAUGCUCACUGGCGUGAAGCCAGGCAGCGGAUGGUUGAAGUUCUGGAUGAGACAGAUAAGCUGGGCAAGAGCAACAUCACCAUGAUCUUGCCAGAGGAAUAG